CACCGCCCCUGGCGCGUCUACUGCCAACUCUUCCCCCUAUAGGAUAGCGCGUGGCUUUUCACUUUCAUCCUUUAACCAACCCCCGACCACCAGCGCAGUGAAUCAAUCACCUUGACUAAGAUUCUAACCACGUUAGGAUUCUCCCGCUCCACACUGAUACAUAUCAGAAAUCUCCCUGUUGUAGUUGCGUAUCAAAUAUGGAGUUAGCGGCGGCGCGUUGCUUAUGGACAGUGCUAAUAGUGGUUGCGGUGGCGGUGUUCCCGGCGGCCCGUGGGUUGUGGUUGGACUUGCCCAGUUCGGGGACGAAGUGCGUUUCGGAAGAAUUGCACAACAACGUCGUCGUUAUGGCUGAUUACUAUGCCUUCAUCGGCGAGGAUUACGAUGCCAAUAAUACUGUCAUUCCGUCCAUCACCGUUAAGGUUACAUCACCAUAUGGGAAUGACCUCCAUCACCAAGAGAAAGUGUCGCAUGGUCAGUUUGCAUUUACAACGAGUGAGAGUGGCAACUACUUGGCAUGCUUCACAGCGGACGGUGAUCAGCAUUCAGGUAAAAAGGUGACUGUUGGUAUUGAUUGGAAAACUGGAGUUGCCACCAAAGAUUGGGACUCGGUUGCAAAGAAGGAAAAGAUUGAGGGGCUUGAACUGGAGCUGAAGAAGCUUGAAGCAGCUGUGCACUCAAUCCGCGAGAAUUUAAAUUAUAUGAUAAAUAGGGAAGCGGACAUGAGGGAGGUUAGUGAGACGACGAACGCUAGAGUGGCGUGGUAUAGUAUAGUGUCACUUGGUGUCUGCAUUGCCGUCUCCGUUUUCCAAUUAUGGUUUUUAAGGCGAUACUUUCAGCGGAAAAAACUUAUCUAGACCUUACAGAUGGGAUUCAUUUUUCCUUGUUAUAGAGACUAAUUAAACAACAAAAUUUGAAGAAACAAAGCUUCCUAAUCCUUAUUGCAGCACCCCCUAUAUCCUUGGGUUUGCUUGGAGUCACUUGUCAGUCUUGAAUACAACAUAUUAUGUUAUGCUAUGUUUGGAGCUUGGAUUUUGGUGAAGGAAAGACACAAGAAAAGGAAAAGUUGCAGUGCACUAAUAUCUCAAGUUUCCUUCUUGUAUUUCUUGCUAAAAUCCAAGAACCAAAUAUAGCCUAAAGAUUGUUUACAAACACCAUCUUUAAAG